AUGACUCCCGGCCGCUUAAAAGGCAUGGUGAGUUGUGUGCCUCUGCUUGCGUUGGUGUUGCCUGCUCUGGCAUCGCAUCAAUCUUAUGAUGAGGCACUCAUCCAACCUUACUCGGGAUAUUGUGCGCAGCCACCCCUGGCACAGCAGGAAGCCAUCGUAGGUCCCCCUGCGGAUGAAGUCCUGAAGUAUGAAGGACUGCGUUUGGUGGGUGUUCAGAUAAUAUUCCGACAUGGAGCCAGAGAUUUGUCGUCGGACAAGCCCUGCUUUUCAAACAUGGCACCGGCCAAGAACUGCUCCGUGCAGCGCAUGGUCUCGUUCAAAGUGGGCAACGGCGAGACAGAACAAACGGUGCCGUUGCUGCGACAGGUUUUGGAUGCAUAUCCAUCCAUGGAGAAGAACAUGCCGGGGUCUGGCUACAUUUCCCAGAUCUCCGGCUGUGGUAAAGGUGUGCUAUUGAACGAUGCUGUCCCGCAAACCAUGGCGCUUGCUGACUCGAUCGAACAAAAGUAUUUCGGCUCCCUGCCGUCGGUGCCAACUCUUGAGACAACUCGAAUGUACUCCACGGGAAAGGAGCGCACCCAAGCGACACUCUUCCUUCUACAAAACCACCUCUUCAAGAACGACUCCACUCGAAAUGUUCGAACUCGGACACAUUCCUUUUACUCACGGCCUGUCUCGAGUGAUCCCUGGGACUUGAACCAGCACUGUCCUCGUGUUGGCCACAUGCGUCAUGCGAGACACUUCAAGACUGAUCCGCAGCUCAUUCAAAGUCGGUUUCCGUCUUUCGCCCGCAAAUGGACGAACGUUACAGGAACUCAGUUUCAGGCGAGCUUCAAGGAUUGCUUGCUAGUUGCACAGUGUUCUAAGCAAGAGGCACUACGCGCACCUGAGGGUUUGCAGCCAGAUUCGGAGUUGUUCAAGGAGGCUUUAACGAUCUCACUGAAGCUCUUUCAGGAGCAUUAUUCGAAAGACCCGGAGACAGUGAAGAAGAUGCAGCUCCUGGCAGCUCCGGCACUGAUGGAACUCGACCAAGUCAUGCAACAGCAAGCACAGAACGCCCGGAACGUCCCAAAUAUCUCCUCUACAGACCAUACGCCUCUCGCCUUGUGGGCCACUCACGACACGACCAUCUUGGUUAUGCUUGUGGCCUUGGGUCUGUGGGAUGGACAGUGGCCUCCAUACACAGAUGUCUUGGUAUUGGAAGUGUACGAAACAUCAGACGGGCGUGGUGCACUUUUUCGGUUGCUGCAUCGCUCUACUGUUUUGCAACUGCCGUGGUGCAGACCUGAAAGCACGCAGAUUCCAGGGCUCUGCUCCGUGACUUCUUUCCUGCCUGCAGCAAUACAACGUUUUCGAGAUCUGAAGGUCUAUCGCCAAGUCUGCAGCACAACCGAAGCGCUAGUGCCUGACGCCACGGAGCAGGAUGCUGCAUUGGCAUGGCCUGGUGCCUCAGCAGCUUCAGCAGCUUUCUUGACCUUGUGGUCAGGCUUGUUUUGUGCAGCUGGCUGGAAAAUCCGCGGAGUCCUGCAGAGCAAGCCAGAACAGGCACAUCAUCCAUUGUGCGAUGUAGAAGUGGCAGCAGAGUACAGAGCAAUGUCGCACGACAUCAUGUGA